UCGCCAACUUCACUGCCACCGCUCGCCGACAGAACCCAUUCGUCACGACCCUUUACUCGAUCGGCGUCGGGGAUGCAAACGACACCGAUUUCUCAUCCAUGGUCACCAAUCCACCCUUCGCAAAGCUUAUAUUCAGUCCACAAUACAAACCGCUAGAAGGCUUGGGUUUUAAGGGGAUGGAUUUAUCCUGGUUGGGCCAAUCCUCCUUCGAUCUCGCCGGCAUCGAUACUCUGUUCAAGGAGUGGCGAGCCCAAGUCGAGUCCGAAGUCAUGACGGCCGGGGAAAAGAAUCUACUGCUGACAGCGACGUUCGGGUACGCGCCGGAUCCGAAUGUGAGGAAUUUUCCGGUGGGGUCAAUAAGGAACCACAUGGAUUGGGUUCAUAUCAUGGCGCAGAAUCUCGAAUCGUCGAAAGUCAUGGAGCCCGACGCUCCGUUGAAGGACCACGAUUUCUUAUCCAACAUUGGAUCUGGCAUCGAGGCAUGGGUUUCUGUCGGGAAAGUUUCCCCCCGAGAAGCUGGUGCUCAGCCUGUCGUUCCAUGAGUACGCAUGGAGCUGGAGCCUAGCGAACCCUGCGACGACUAUAUUGGUGCUCCAGUGAGACUUAUGCGGUGGUGGCGGAAGGGAGCGAUGACGACGACGGCGGGGUGUUUGAGAGAUAGCUCGAGGGAGGGGUGGGGAAUUGCAUUGGUUGGAGGGUUUGGGCGAGGACAGUGGCAGUCAAGCCGAGCGGGUGGGAAAUGGUAAUUAUUUUUUCUAUUUUAUUUAUUUUAGUUUAUUGUAACUUAUAAAUAUGAGGUUGAAAUUAAAAAGAUUAAAUUUAUUAUUUUUAUUAUUUUUUAAUUGCCAUGUCAUUUAUCUAACAGUCAACUCUCAGAGUUGACUGCCACGUCAGAUAAAGUUAACGGAGAUUAACGGAGAGUGAUCAAACUUGAACUGUUGAACUAAUUGUAUUGACCAUGAAUGGAAUAAACUAAUUUUAGUGGCAAACGUGACACUUUUUAGCAAUUCCAGUAACCAAACUAGCUAUUUACCCGUAAUAACUUUGACGUCAGGUGGAGAUGAAAUCGAGGAUUUUGGUGGUGAUAUCAUGCUUCUUUUCUUGCAAAGAUCCACCUUCGACGCCUUUGAUAUUUUUGCUGUCGCCUUCCAAAACUUCAUCCUGUUCUUGUCGUUGUUACCAAUGCAGUCAAAAUCAGGAUUUUGAUCGUAAAAUCGUAGGAUUUUACUUAGAGAUUCUAAUCCUGAUUUUACUAUAAAAUCGGUGGACCUUAAAAUCGUUCAAAAUCGGGAUUAAAAUCGUAACAAAAUCGAGAUUUUGAUCCUAUGUGAACAAAAUAGGCAGUUUGAGCCAAUUCAAAAGAAGCAGAACUGUUUCGGUGAAAAGGAAAUGAAGGGGAUCUUCAAAAAUAUUUUUCCUAUUAAAAGAACAUUUGAAAAGAUAAAAAUUAACCUAAUUAGGGUUCGGUUAACCCCUUUCCCUUCCCCUUGUUUAACUCAUCGGUAAAACAGUUGUCAUAAUAUUGUAGGUACGUAAGAAUUAAAUCAUUAUUAACAAAUUAAUUGAUUAUUGAAUAUAUUUGUACCAAAACAAUGACAUUAAUUAUUUUAUUAGAGUUCCCUUAUUAUUAGUUUUAAAUCAUGCUUAGUAGACGAUGCCGGAAUACUAGUUUGAGUUAAACUACCUAGAUACAACAUGAAAAACAAGAGCCAAACUCCAUGAGCUCUAUCCCUUCCUCGUAAAUUAUUUUGAGUUACGCAUUAAAUAACAAUUAAAAUGAUAAUUUUGGAACAUUAAUCUUGAAAAUUAUCACUUUAAAUGUUAUAUGUCUUUGUGUCAUAAAUGAUUUACCUUAAUAAUAUUAUUAUAUGCUAAUUUUUAUAUGGUACUUAAAAUCUUACGAUUCUACGAUUCCGAUUUACUCUAGUUUUCAAUUUUAGGUAAAAUCCCGAUUUUGACUAAUUUAGUUGUUUCAAACUGAGAGUGAAGGAAGAUAAAGGUCAAAUUGGGGAAUGGGUAAAGCCUGAGAGCUGUAAAAAUAUUAUGUGAAUAUAUAAAUUGUAUAUCAUUUAUUAUUAUUUAUUUAUUAAAAAAUUAAAUUUGAAAUUUCCUAUAUUGCGCAUAUGUGGAUGACACAUAAGCGACACUUCAUCAAUAGUCAAACGAACGUUGGCCGCCGUUAAGUCAACAGUUAAAUCUAACAGUCAACUGAAUUUCGCGCAAUACAAUUGAGGCAGGCUCCUUGUAGUCUGGAAUAUUACUUUAAUUAUUGAAGUUUUGUAAUACAAUUGACAAAUUUGCUAAAAGUUGAUAUUUUUAGUGGUAUUAACCCUUACUAUUAUUAUAUGUUUCUAUUUUGCAUUACCUAGUUAUACCUCGCAGCUACUGGGGCUUUUACCUUAACCGACAAAGUACAAACCCGCGUCGAGGGCAAUAAUCUAGGACCUAUUGU